AUGCCUCUGUAUGCGACGUCCAGGGAUCAGUUUUCACCUCCCGAGUUCAGUGCAGAGACGCUGGCUCUCAUCAAGCAUAAGCAGUACAUCCAGAGGCUGACGGCCAAUGCAGGUUCUGUCACUAGCUUCUUGGCCAAGUCAUUGCAGUCCUCUUUUAACCAGGCCCACCUUGCAGCUAAACGUGCAGUGCGUGCAGAGAAACGACAACGCAUAGCACGCCAGGUUGCAGAAGCGGAGAAUGCCGAGGCUCGUCAAGAUAUUCGUCGGUGUUUCGCAAUUGUGAAGCGCUUGGCGCCGAAGCCCCAGCUUCCAGUCCUUACCGUCCAGAAUCCCCUCACUAAGGAGCUCUGCAUGGAUGAUGCGGAGGAUCUUCAGGUCAGAACUGCCGCUCUGUGUGAUAUUUUCGAAGCAGACGAAAUUCCGAUGGAGAACCCAGGAGGCCCGAGUGACCUGAACACCCCAUCCGACGCGGGUGGGAGCAUACACGGAGGAGGAGGUGAAGGAGAUUAUCUGGAAGUUACCUAA